AUGACGGCGAUUGGGACGAGGCAGGCGCGGCAGCUGUGGGCGGAAGCAGCAGGGGUUGAAGGAGGCGCGGGGAGGGGCGGAUGCGGAUGUGGGCGGGGACCAUUAAUGAGCCAAGAUUGGACAGCUCUAUUGUUUCAGCAUGCCGCCGCCUUCCUCCGACGCGUCUGCAUCAUCUCCGGCGCCGCCACCGCCGUCACCAAGAACUACGACCUCGUCAUAGUCACAGCCGGGGCUAGGCAGAUCCCGGGUGAGAACAGGCUCAACCUGCUGCAGACGAACGCUCCCCUAUAUCGCAAGAUCGCGCCGUCUCUGGCCGAGCUCUCCCUGGAGGCGCUGCUUCUCGUAGUCUCCAACCCCGUCGACGUGCUCACCUACAUCGCCUGGAGGCUCUCCAGCUUCCCGGCCAGCCGUGUCAUCGGCUGCGGCACCAACCUCGACUCCUAUCGCUUCAGGUUCCUCAUUGACAAGCACCUCGAUGUCAACCCGCAGGACGUGAGGCUUUUACUGGAAACCUUUGAUGUGCUUGUGAUUUACCAGUGUGAAGACCAGCGCUAUGUGUUGUGUAAUGGUCUGGUGGUCAGGAGUCAUGUAUGA